UAACUUUGUAAUAGACAGAGAAACUUUCAAAUCCGAAAGUCAAAAAUCGUAAUAGAAAACUGUUACUUUUAUUAUUUAUGUUAAGAUUUACACAAACAUUUUUUAUUGCAAUUUCUACUUGGUAAAGUAAAGCUUUACGGUAUGCGUGAGAUCUUCGCGAGUGCAGAUGAAAAAUUCGUUAAGGAGGAACACAGUGUACAAAACCUCAAUCAACCUCUGAGGAUCUACAAAUUUAGGCAGGUUCACUUUUUGCGUAUCGAGAAGGGUUUCGAUAAGAACGCGCUGCCAAUAGUCUUCAAAGUUUCGCCCGACAGUCUGCUGAAUCUGUGCAUAAAGAUUGUGGAUGCAUUGCCCUUGCCGUUUGUUUACAAAUGGACGACGCUGGAUGUCUGCAAGUGGAUACGCAAUUAUGGUUACCCACAGUAUAUGAACACAUUUCAUGUCAAUCUUAUAACUGGUCAGAAACUAUUGCUAGUCGAUGCAAAAGCGCUGAGCGCUAUGAAUAUUAAAAAUUUCGCAGAUAUUAAACAUAUCGCUUACGGUAUACGAACGCUCUUCUUUUACGAAAUGACAAAGUAUAUACACAGCAUUUCGCUGCCACCCGAGUACUAUUAUGAAUUGUAUAAAUUGUUCGAGACGAAAAGUGGACGAAAAUAUCAGGAUGUACGCCGUUCGGAUCUCUGGCGUCGCAUGCAAUUGCUACGCGAGAAAAGUCCAAAUUAUUCACACUGGGACCUGCUCGAACGUUGGCUGGCGCGUCAACGCGAAAAUACCGAAUUAUUUGGUGGCGUCAGACGUUAUCGUCUCUACAAGUGCAAGCCGGAACCGCCACCGCAACAGUUACACGUUCUGCCGCCGAAUCCGUGUUAUUGUAUGCCGCCAUGUUCGUGCUUCUGGACCGAACGACAUUUGAAAGCGCCGGCGGUAUUCUCAUUACUCGCGCCGGCUCGAAAGCCAGAUCAAACAGUUGUAAAAGAACGUUGCUCAGACUGUCCACCGCCGUGCGCAUGCCAGUGGCCUUCCCAUUUCUAUAAAUUUGACAUAUUACUGUCAUGUCUAAAGCAAAACAUGCCAAGCAAAUACGGUGAAAGAGAGGCGCGUCGAAGACAUACGAAAACUCUAUUCGUUCCAUCGUUUAUAGAUUAAUCCAGGAAGGUCUACCACGCACCCUUACACAAUAUAUUUAUGUGCUUACAUAUAUAUAGUAAGAUUUUAUCAGUGCUAUGAUAUGUAAAAAAAUACAAUAACCGUAAAUCAAA